UACUAGAUUUUACAGAUCGCAUACAUAUCACCACAUCACAGAUUCACUACAUGUCAUUAUUAUCAAAUUUUUUUCCUCGACAUGUGCAUCAGAGAACACCUAGGACCCUCGUCGUAAUGGCCCCCACCAUAUAAUUUGCUACAUUCCAAAAAGGACGUGGAGAGGGAUCUGUCAGCGACGUCCUACAAUUCCAACCAUUAAUCGGGAAUGCUCAUGCUGUGUGUCCUGUCAAUGGAGAAUAUCAAGGGGCAGGGACGCUGAGGAUGGAGUGCAUGAAAUGACCAAUAACUGCAUAUUGUAACCGAUGGUAUCCGAGUCAUUCGAUUAUCUCUACCAAAGGAUUCCAGAUUGCAUUGUAAAUGUCUGAGAAACCUAGAGCCCAGUAUGAGGAAGACGACCAGGCCAGUGGCCGGCGUAUUCAAAGCCACGGCAGCAGGCACUAAGGCCCAGACUGGGGAGAGAGUCAAGCCUGAGGGCACCACCAUGGGCACAGCCGGCAAGAAUACGGCCAAGACCUCCGCUACCGCACCACUCUCUAAGGCGAAGAGCAGCGAUGACUUGUCAUCAGCAACAACAGUAGGCGGUGGAGCCUCUGCUGGGAUCAGCAUUGUUGCUAAGUUCAAGAAGACUAGCUCUGCCCACUCUUCAACCUCUUCCACUACAGGUACUAGCAACCCAGAGGGCAAGACAAAGAUUAGCUCAGGCAAGCGUGGGACCUCCUCUGUGGUGAAGGAGCCCGGUUCAUCCCGGGACGGCCUGCGAGAACGCUCCAGAACUGGCACCGCCAACAGGAAGCUCUCCGGACCCUCGGACGCCUUGGCACCGCCCAAGAGAGUCCGCAGCCGGGCCAUGACUGAGUCCGAGUCCCGUAUGAGCAAGUCCAGGUCGGAUGGGCAGCUCAGCAAUAAGACGCUCCUGGAGAGCAGGGUGAAGGAUCUGCUGGGCCUGGCCAAGAGCAAAGAUGUGGAGAUCCUCCACCUGCGCACCGAGCUGCGGGCCAUCCGUGUUCAGCUAGGCCUGCCUGAGGAGGAUGGGGGGAGCAGAGAGAGGGGCGAGGGAGAGGAGACUGCUGAGGCUGAGCCCCUACAGGAACAGAAGAAAGAAGCCCCUACUCCGCUCAUCUAUACAGACGUUGAGUCCACCCUGCUCUUGCUGCAGGACCAGAACCAGGGGAUCCGCGUGGAACUGAACAUGCUAAAGAGUGAGAACCGCAUGCUGAAGGACCGCCUCAAUGCCAUGGGUUUCUCCCUGGAGCAGAGGCUGGACUGCUCCCUCAAAGCCCCGCGAGGCUCCUGCCUCAGCCCAGAGCUUCCCCCAGCCAGCGGUGGCAGAGAUGGAGGGUUCCAACGGGCCCCUUUUCAACAUGGGGUCUCCCCACACGGCUCUGCCUGCGGCUCCAAUGAAGACCUUCUGGACCCCCGGCGAGCCAUCUCCCCUGAGGCAGCCGACAGCGAGUGCAGCGAAGCCUACCAGCCGAUCACCUCCAGCGAUGAUGCCCUGGACGCCCCCUCUGGUUCUGCCUGCUGCUCCUCCUCUGAGUCAGAGGGCGGGCCACCGAGUCACUGCGAGUGCUCCCGUAGCUGCAGCAGUGGCAACACCAGCGAGGUGUCGGUGGCCUGUCUAACGGAGCGCAUUCACCAGAUGGAGGAGAACCAGCACUGCACCUCUGAGGAGCUCCAGGCCACACUACAGGAGCUGGCCGACCUGCAGCAGAUCACCCAGGAACUAAGCACAGAGAACGAGAGGCUGGGCGAGGAGCGGGUCAUUCUGUUAGACUCCUUGUGCCAGCAAGGUGACCGGCUGGAGUUGUACGGCCAGCAGAUGGACUACUUCCGGGGCCUGCUGGACGAGCACCGCGUGGCCUAUGCCCCGGUCGACGAGGAGGACACUAAGAGCAGCCGCUACCUGGAGCUGGAGCGCCGCUAUGUGGACCUGACUAAUGGGACCCACUUCGAGAGGGAGCAGCUGCUGGGGGUGCAGCAGCACCUGAGCGGGGCACUGAAAAUGGCGGAGCAGGACAACGCAGAAGCCCAGGGCCUGAUAUCAGCGCUAAAGGAGAGGGUGCACAUGGCUGAGCGGCAGGCUGAGAUGGAGCGCAGGGAUAGGGCAGCGGCGGCCACAGAGCUGGAGGUCCUGAGAGAGGCGGCCGUGGGGGAGCAGGUGGAGUUGGCUCGAUGCAGGGCCCAGCUGGAGCAGGAGAGACAGAGGGUGGCUGACCUCUACUCCAUCCACAAUGCCGGGGACAAGAUGGACAUCCGCCACCAGCUGGAAAGCGAGAGGAGGGACAAGGAGAGGGCAGAGGCGGAGUCUGCUCAGCUGCAUGAGGAGCUUGACCACACCCGCGACGAGGCCGCCAGGCUGGAGGACGGUAUCAGCAAGCUGGAGGAGAACUUCCGUGCGUUUCGUGAUGAGGUGCAGAAGCAGCUAGCAGAGCAGAAGCGGGCCCUGGCCCAUCAGUGUUCUGAGCUGGAGGAGAGGGACACUGAGGUCUCAGACAUUAAGGAGACCAUCUUUGAGCUGGAGGACGAGGUGGAGCAACACAGAGCCGUAAAACUCCACGACAACCUCGUGAUCACAGACCUGGAGAACUCCGUCAGAAAACUGCAGGACCAAAAACAUGACAUGGAGCGUGAGAUCAAGAUGCUGCAUCGAAAGCUACGGGAGGAGUCUAUGGAGUGGCGUCAGUUCCAGGCCGACCUGCAGACGGCGGUGGUCAUCGCUAACGACAUCAAGUCCGAGGCUCAGGAGGAGAUUGGGGAUCUGCGGCGCCGCCUUCUGGACACACAGGAGAAGAAUGAGAAGAUGAGCAAAGAGCUGGAGGAGAUCAAGAAGCAGGAUGAGGAGAGGGGCAGGGUGUAUAACUACAUGAAUGCAGUUGAGAGGGACCUAGCUGCCCUGAGGCAGGGCAUGGGUCUCAGCCGACGCUCCUCUACCUCCUCUGAGCCCUCUCCCACCGUCAAGACCCUUAUCAAGAGCUUUGACAACGCCUCCACUGCAGGCCUUGUCCCAACCUCCCCCACAGCAGCCGUGCCAGCAGUUACCACAACGAUUGCCCGUACACCCCUCAGCCCCAGCCCUCUGAAAACCCCCCCCGCUGCUGCUAUCUCUCCCAUACAGAGGCACACUGCGUCGACCCCCAAACCCCCAUCCUCCAUGGUGGACAAGAGGUCCAGUUACACAGACCUCACUAUGCCAGCAGAUCACCUGCUCCGGGCCUCACCUGGGACCCCCUCUGCCCUCCAGAGGGUCCCCAACAUGGACUCCAAGUCCCUCUCAGUGUCCCGAAGGUGCAGUGAGGAGCUGAAGAGGGACAUGUCUGCCUCAGAGAACACUGCCUCGGCCUCCCUCAUCACCUCCUCCCUUUCAGCUGCCUCCUCCCCCACUGCCUCAGUCACCCCCUCCGCAAGGGGACGCUUACGGGAGGAGAGAAAAGACGCCCUGUCUGCACUGGCCAGGGAGUAUGGGGGGUCCAAGAGGAACGCCCUGCUGAAGUGGUGCCAGAAGAAGACUGAAGGAUACCUGAACAUUGAUAUCACCAACUUCAGCAGCAGCUGGAACGACGGGCUGGCCUUCUGUGCUGUUCUCCACACCUACCUGCCUGCCCACAUUCCCUACCUGGAGCUCUCCAGCCAGGACAAGAAGCGAAAUUUCACACUGGCUUUCCAGGCCGCUGAAAGUGUCGGGAUCAAGUCCUCAUUGGACAUUGGAGAGAUGGUGCACACAGAGAGGCCUGACUGGCAGAGUGUGAUGACCUACGUCACUGCCAUCUACAAGUACUUUGAGACGUGACCCAUCUUCAAGCCUGAACACCUCGCUUGAUUGAAUUCUUCAGACUAGGCUGUGGAUAGACUGAGGCCAUGAGUAUUAGACAAUGUGUUGAACUGUCCUUCAACUUUCCCUGGGUUAGUGACUUCCUGUAUACUCAAGUCUUCUGGCCUCUUGACCCCAGUCCUAUGUGAACUCUGUGCUGCAGUAGCCUACACCAUCAUUACCUCCAACGUUACACUGUAGUUCAUGUUUAGCUAGCUGAAACAAUAAUGUGUGUAUGGUUUUGGAUUUGGAAUACUGCCAAGAACAGGAUUGCCUUUUGUAAAUGCCUUUGGCUUUGUCCAUUUUGUCGCUAAGCUCAAUGACUUGAGGGUAAGGGUGAUUUACCUGACUGACAGAGGGUCCAGCCUAACUAUAGGUGUUCUAACUGGGCUGUUUUAGCCCAUAUUUAUUCCAAAGAGAUAAUAACUUCAUACGAAUCAAUGCCAUGUUUGUCUCUUGUUUUUGCCAAUUAUGACAAUGAGCAUUGACCCAUUAGGAAUAUUAAUAAUACCUAGGACUUCUAGUGCUUUUUGAAGGACCCAAAGUCAGAGUUCAAUCGCAUUGACGUCUUUUCCGCCAUUUAUUAUUUCUCAGUCCAUUGUGUCCAAACUCUGUAAGCGUGAUGGUUGGCCACCACGGCCAGUCUCUGGUUUUACAGUGAGGUACCUGUAGCACACCCAUUCAUAAAUAGGCUGAACAACACAGGGAGCUGGCCUGAUAAGCUAACAGUUUGGGCAUUAAGGUAAAACCACCACUUACUGUUCAGCAAAUCCUCCCUGGUUUCAAAGCACAACGGGAUGUGAGGCUCUUACUAAAAUGGAAUGCGUUUAAACCUUCAUCAAUGCCAUAAAAACCACAAGGUUUCAAAGCCAUUGAGUGUACUACACACAGUAAAGCCCCUUCCUCCAGCAUAGGAAAUCAUAUUAGCGAUGAAUGUUCCCACACAUGGGAAAAGCUUACAAUCGUCAUUUGCUUUGAAGUAGUUAAAUAAGUACGUAUGAGAACUUAUGAGUUGUGUUUUUGGUACAUUGGAAUAUUCUCCUUAUACUGAGAUACCAUGUGAAUAUUUCAUAACAUUUUGUUGUUGCUCAUAAAGGCAUCUGAUAAGGUUUCCACAGCUAAGAUGAGCUACAGUCAUUUAAAUGGUACUAGUCAUUGCCAGGAAUCAAGGCUAAUAGACAGUGUAUAGAACAUUAGGAACACCUUCCCUCGGAAUAGCCUCAAUUCAUCGGACUCUUCCAUGUUACAAUGGAGCCCACAGUUGUGUGAAGUUAUAUACACGGGAAACUGUUGAGAAAAAUCCAGCAGUGUUGCAGUUCUUGACACAAAACAGUACAGUGUGCCUGGCACCUACCACCAUACCCUGUUCAAAGGCAGUCAAAUAUUUUGUCUUGCCCAUUCACCCUCUGAAUGGCACACACACAAUCCAUGUCUUAAUUGUGUCGAGGCUUAAAAAUCUUUUUAACCCGUCUCCCCUUCCUCUACACCAAUUGAAGUGGAUUUAACAGGUGACAUCAAUAAGGGAUCAUAGCUUUCCCUUGGAUCCACCUGAUCAGUCUAUGACAUGGAAAGAGCAGGUGUUCUUAAUGUUUUGUACACUCGGUGUAAUGUAAACCUUCCAGUUAGGGUAAGUCGGUGUAACACGCACCCUGCCUGUACAUCUUACAGGAACCACUUCAUGUCACAAUCUUUCCCCAACACUUUCACUGGUUGCCACUGUUUCUCAACAAAAAAAGGUAUAUCUGUCUCAUCACAGAGUGAUUCUGAGGUAGGGUGACGUUUUACCCCCCAAGUUACCCGACAAUUGAUCUGUUCCAUUUUGUCUCACACUCCCCUAUGUACUCAUGGCGAAUUGCGGAGCGGUGUAACUACUUACACGGAACACUAUUUUCAUGAUUUUGUUAGGACACUGGUCAUGUUUUGGUUAAGUUGGUGUUAUGAUUUCUACAGUUCCCGGUUUGCACCUUGUCAUAUGUUAUCUGAUGGAAAUGGACUCGUUCAUAAAUAAGAGAAUUGGGCUACAUUAUAAAGGUCACUGAUGUCUCGCUGUAAUAUGAAUUGGAUCAAACGUAGACUGAGCAUAGCUAGAGCUUGUUAUGUACUGUAUGGGAACACUUCUCAAAGUAAAGAGUUGCCAGUCUGUCCUAGCUAACAGUAGGCAGGAUGCCAAUGUAUUCUUAUUUCCUUCUCUCCUUUUAUAGCUCCACUCUGUUUAGUCAAUGAUUUAAAGACAUGCUCUGGUACUUUUGUGACUAAUCCCGCUUUGGGCUGGAUGUGUCAGUGUAGUUCAUACAUAAUCUAUGAGCUGAAUUACUGUCUUACCUCAAUUAACCACGAAAUCCGUUGUUUGAAAGUGACUGAUUUCUAAAAGCUGUGCUGUCAUUCUCCCCCCCCCCCCCCCCCUACAUUUCCUCCCAUGUGGGCCAGCACCCUAGCAAUUCAGGUUCCAGCCAAUGAGAUUCAGCCCCUUGCCAUUUUAAAUGACAGCUAGCAAGAAUCACACAGCAGAGCGAGAACGAGAGAAAUGACGUGGUGCACAAUCUGCCGACGUGAUGUAGUAAGCAAUUUUCGGGGACCACUUUUGGCUCGUGGGUGCUACUUUUAGAACUACUGGCUAAAAAGUACCGGAGAAUCCCUUUAAGGUACCUGGGCUCAUUUGACCAUGGUUGAGCCUCCCAACUACUCGUGUCAGAGGACCAUUGAGUUAAAAGCAUUCCCAAGUACAAACUGGGUUGAAUUAACAGUUGUCCUCAAUGUAAAGUUAACACUACUUGGCCGUUUUAACUUAUUACGAAAUUUAAAAAGUAUUUGAUGUUUUCUGAAUGAGGUGAAAAGCAUAUUCAAAAAAAAUUUAAGGGUGUUUUUUUAUUCACUUUUGUGUGCGUUUGUGUGGAAGCUUGUAUCUUGAUGCAAUACAGAUGACUGCAGUUGAAUUCACUGAAUAACUUAAAUAAUAUUUUCUUAUUGUUCUUUUUUUAGACAUCUGUAAUCUAUUAUUGAUUCCGUUUUUUAAUUCCCCAUUGCUAAUAAACUGUCACACUGAAAGUUAC